AUGGUCGAAAAGUUUAUUUUUCGGAUAUGAAAGUAAAACAUAUUCUUGCAGAAUCUUCAAACUAGCCCUUCUCGUCGCAACUAUUGGAUGCGCGGCGUCUCAAUUUGCAAAAGGUAACUUUUUGAAAUUACAUGAAUAUGAAAAGUGAACUAUUAUAAUUUUCAGUGAAACUCUUCAACUGGAGCUACAAGGACUUCGGAACAAGCGCCUUCUCCGACAUUUCUCUCGACCAACGUCAGCGCUUCUCGGAUUUUCCGGUAAGGGAGAGAUUCGGUCAAAUCUAAAAGCGGAUCUUUGAAAAAUGCUUUCAGAUUGGAACGUGCCCGGACGGAUGGAUUCGCUUUUCGGACUCGUGCUACUGGGUCGAACAGCACAGGCAAAGUUUUGCCGAAGCCGAGAAACGAUGCUACGAGAAAAACGCGACCCUGCUCGUGGUCAACUCGCAGGACGAAUGGGUAAGGGAGCGACGGGGAGACAAAAGGCGGACGGACUGUGAACCCACAUAUGUUUGGAAUUUGUUGCGAAUGUUGGCUGUCAAUGCAUACCCAAUGAUCUAUAGAUGAGGCCCCGGGCCUUAAAACAAAAAACAGAAGAGGGGGGGGGGGCAGAAAGAAGAAGAAAGAGAAGCACAAAGGACGAGCAGCAAUAAAAAUAUUAAUUUGCAGGACGCGGUUCGUGAGCACUUUCCACAAGUCGGAUACACUUGGAUCGGACUGGUUCGUUUCACCCAUCGCGAGAGGUCCGAAGACGAGCCACGCUGGCAAACCGAGGGAGCCGUCAACCCGACCAGACUGUGAGUGUAGGGCCGAGCUGGGCCUGACGAGAAACUUCUAGACGCUUUCAAUCACGAUUGUAAUUCGCGUUGCGCUUUCCCACCACCACCACCACCUCGUCGGGUCUCGACACGCGUUAUUUAUGAUGGUGUCACGCUUAGAUUGCAUUGUUAUUGAGCGAAAAGGCGGUGCGGUGAGCACACGCAAGUUGGUUUUCUGAUUUACGGAUAUGCGUCCUUUCGAAUGAAAUAUACAUAAGGGCUCAUUUCCUGUUUUUUCAGCAAUUGGCUUAUCCGUCCGUACAAACCAAUCUCCAAUGGAUGGUCGAUUCUCGCCAACUGCGUCGCCCACUUCAGCGCCUCUCUCAACCUCGAUUCGUCCGCGUACACCUAUUAUCAGCCAUGCUCCUUCAAGUACGCCUCGGUUUGCGAGAGAAACGGAACCAUCUUGGAUUUCCUCAACAGAAAGUUCGACUUCCAAGUUUAA